GGCAACAGGCGAGUCAGGAACAGCACUCGCCGCCCGAGGAGCGCCGCCAGCCGAGGAGCCUUGAUCGGCGCGCUCGCCGCCACCGUCGACCCAGCCGGCCGCGCCGGCGAUGCUACGUGCGCCCGUGCCCAUCGCCCGCUGACUCUUCUGGGCCUGCCUGCCUGCCUGCCUGCCUGACUCUCGCUCUCGCCCCGUCUUGGACCAGCGCGCACAGCCAGCAGCGUACGAAGGAAAUAUUUCGAGAAAAUGGCAGGAGAACAAUGGAAUGGUUGGCUUCAGCGUUGCCGAGAAUCGAGAAGCUUAGUACUCGUGAUCGUGGCCAUUGCACUGUUGCUUGAUAACAUGUUACUCACUACUGUUGUCCCUAUAAUACCGGAGUUUCUGUACGACAUGAGACAUCCAAAUGCUACUCUAAGCGAACAUCUCGAAGGAAGCAAGCAUCAGCCAUUAACGACGCAGACCUUGACUGCGACUACAACGGCAUUGCCUGGAUGUCACUGCCCUUCGAACAACUCAAAUAGCAAGGCUUUGGAGUUAAUCGUUUCUACAGCUACGUCUGUGGAGACUUCAACCGCGAAUCAAACAGCUGUCAAAAUCAAAGAAGAUAAACAAAUGCACCAAGAACUUAUUGAAGAAACAGUAGCUGUCGGCGUAAUGUUUGCUUCCAAAGCCUUUGUUCAACUACUGGCUAAUCCAAUUGUGGGGCCAUUGACGCACAAGAUUGGAUACAGCAUUCCCAUGUUUACUGGCUUCUUGAUCAUGUUUUUAUCCACUUUAAUAUUUGCUUUCGGCAGAAGUUAUGGGAUAUUAUUCCUGGCACGUGCUCUUCAAGGCAUUGGCUCGUCUUGCUCUAGUGUCUCGGGAAUGGGAAUGUUAGCGGAGCGUUAUCAAGACGACAAGGAGCGAGGAAACGCUAUGGGAAUUGCACUGGGUGGCCUAGCCCUUGGGGUCUUAAUUGGGCCACCAUUUGGCGGUAUUAUGUAUGAGUUUGUUGGCAAAUCCGCACCGUUCCUCAUACUGUCAGCACUUGCUCUUGGCGACGGAUUACUGCAGCUCUUGGUCCUCCCGCCAACUAUUGUUUAUACCGAGGCUGAACCACCGACAUUAAAAUCACUGGUUACUGAUCCUUAUAUCAUAUUAGCGGCUGGUGCAAUAACAUUCGCAAAUAUGGGCAUUGCUAUGCUUGAACCCAGUUUACCUAUUUGGAUGAUGGACACUAUGAACGCCAGUCGAUGGAAACAGGGUGCUACAUUUUUACCUGCAAGCAUCAGUUAUCUUAUAGGUACAAAUCUUUUUGGACCUUUAGGGCAUAAAAUGGGCAGAUGGUUAGCCGCUCUCAUUGGCCUUGUUGUCAUUGGUAUUUGUCUGAUGUGUAUACCGUUAGCAAGAAGCAUUGAUCACUUGAUCAUACCCAAUGCCGGAUUAGGUUUUGCCAUUGGCAUGGUUGACAGCUCAAUGAUGCCUGAGCUUGGAUAUUUAGUUGAUAUCAGACAUACUGCUGUCUAUGGAAGUGUCUACGCUAUCGGGGAUGUAGCUUUUUGUCUCGGUUAUGCUAUAGGUCCAGCAUUGAGUGGAACAUUGGUAAAUACUAUAGGAUUCGAAUGGAUGCUCUUUGGCAUAGCUAUCUUGAAUUUCAUUUACGCGCCAUUUAUGUAUUUUUUGAAAUCACCACCCACUAAAGAAGAGAAAAAGUCGUUAAUUGUUGGUGAAAAGUCAUCAGUUCGGUACGUGUCUUAUGAAAAUGAUGAAGAAGAUCAAUAAACGUCUAAUUUUCAAAGGUGGAAUCGUGAAUAAUUCGCAAAAUGUAGAUUUCCAUGUCGUUAAAAUCCUAAUACAAUUUUCAUUUUAUUUGUUAUUUACAUCAAUCUUAGUAAAUAUGUCAAGCCUAUAUAAAUAUGUGAAAUAAUUAUGCAUUGUAAAGUAUAGCGUGACAAUUAAGGUCGUAAU